AAAAAGAGCACACGUUUUUGGAAAUUUUGUACCAAAAAAUUUUCAGUAUUAAGUUUCAUUUUUCUUAGUUUAGAGACAUUCCGUGCAUCAAAGAAAAACCAAAGUUUUAAUAAUGACCAAAAAAAUUGCAUUAGUAGCUGCUUGUUGUCGUUCGAAUGGUAUUGGUAAAGAUGGUACAUUACCAUGGCGAUUAAAAUCUGAAAUGGAUUUUUUUACACGAAUUACAUCGACAGUUUUGGAUUCCGCACCAGGUUUGUCUGGUGAUGAACAAAUCAAAAAGAAUGCCGUUAUUAUGGGUGUACGAACAUAUAUGUCUAUUCCACCAAGAUUUCGUCCAUUAAAACAUCGUGUUAAUGUUGUACUUAGUAGAACAAUCAAUGAAGCACCGGCUGGUGUUGAAUAUUUAUUUCGUAGUCUUGAUGAUGCUAUUAAAACAUUAUCUGAUAUGUCUAAUAUUGAUCAAUUAUAUAUAAUUGGUGGUUCAGAAGUAUAUCAAGAAUCUAUUGCACAUCCAGCAUGUGAUUUAAUUUUCCUUACAAAAAUUGAUGCCGAUUUUGAUUGUGAUCGUUUUUUUCCAUCGAUUGAUCCAAAUCAAUAUGAAGAUAUAACUGAUGAAAAAUUAUUACCAAAAUAUCAAAAUUUAAUUGAUCAAUAUAGCAUUCCAUUAGAUGUUCAAACCGAAAAUGGUCUUUCAUUCCGUUAUCAUUUAUACAAACACCAGCACGAUGUUUACGAGAUUCAAAUGGAUUCGAACGGAUCAUAAUCAAUAGGAAUGCUA